CACACAUAUCUUAAAGAAAACCAGACAGAAGAAAAUCCAAAGUUCAAAACCAGUUUCAUUCUUCGAUAUUUGCUUCUUCAAAACUCCAUCUCAAAUGAUUCAUAGUUCAAAUUCAUCAUCCGAUCGUCGUCGGAUACUUUCAUUUCCGGUAGUUCAUCCAUGUCAAAAUAUCUUACCCGCCACUUUGCUCGUCUCCCUCAUUUCUUUAGCUCAUAAAAUAUGUGAUUACCAGUUCAAAUCCUUUGUUACUCAAAGAAAGAAUGCGAGGGAAACAGUACGUUACGUUCAAAAUCUUCUUAUAUUCUUGGAAGAAGUCAGGGAUAACAACUCUGUCUUACUUCACUCCAUUAAUCUCUGUUUCUUUGAGCUUCAUCUUAGUUUCCAAAAGAUUAUGUUUCUUUUAGAAGAUUGUUCUCAAGAAGGUUCACAUUCAUGGAUACUAAUGAAAUGCAAACAAGUUUCUAAUGAGUUUCGGGUACUUAUCAGAACCAUUGCAACAGCUCUAGAUGUUCUUCCGAUUGGUUUAAUUGAUUUACCAAAUGAAGUCAAAGAGAUUGUUGUUUUAGUUGCUAAACAAGCCGAGAAAGCGAAAUCCGAGGUGGAGCUAACUGAUGAAAGAACUGCAGUUUUGGUUACUUCCAUAUUGAAUCAAUUCGAUAACCGAGUUGCUCCCAAUCCGACUGAUUUAAAGAGGGUUUUAGAUUACUUAAAUAUUCGAAAUUGGAAUCAAUGUAAUAAAGAGAUUAAGUUUUUGGAAGAAGAGAUUAGUACUGCAAGAGCUCGUGGAGAAAACAGAGAGGUUGAUUUCUUAAGAAAUUUAAUCGUCUUCGUUAUUUAUUCUCGUGUCGUGGUUUUCGAUUUCAUAGACGAACACCGAAGUAGUUCUAACAAUUUAUCUAUAUUUGAUCAUGGAAGUAAGCCCGGAUCGAUGAUUAGCUGUUUGGAUUCAGAUGAUUUUCUUUGCCCGAUUUCUCUUGGGAUUAUGUCAGACCCGGUAAUAAUCUCAACUGGUCAUACAUUCGAUCGAGUUUCAAUUCAAAAAUGGUUCAAAUCCGGGAACUUGAUCUGCCCCAAAACCGGCGAGAAACUUACAAGCAUCGAGAUGGUUCCAAAUUCAGCUCUACGAAAGCUAAUUCAUCAAUUUUGUUUCGAAAAUGGGAUCCCGAUAGUUCGAGAGGCAAGUCAAAAUCAAAACCGAAAGGACGUCAAGCGAACUAAAACAGAACACACUAGCCAAAGUGGUGCAGCAGAGGAAGCUAUGAAAAUGGUUGCUGAAUUUCUACAAUGUAAUCUCUCCACUGGAACAACUUCAGACAAAAACAAAGCUGCUUACGAAAUCCGGUUAAUAGCAAAAUCGAAUAUCUUCGACAUGUCUUGUGUAGCUGAAUCUGGUACAAUUCCUUACCUCCUAAAUUUACUAUCAUCAAUGUCACCCUCAACUCAAGAAAAUGCAAUGGCAGCAUUACUAAACCUUACUAGGCAUCAGAAAAGUGCAAACAUCAAACAAUCCAUUGUCGAAAAUUGCGGAUUGAUUCUUAUUUUAGAUGUUUUGAUCGAAGGUUUAAAGAUCGAAACACGAAAACUCGCAGCUCUAACAUUAUUUCAUCUCUCAUCAGUUGAAGAAUAUAGAAAAUUAAUUGGUGAAAUUCCUGAAGCAAUUCCUUCAUUAGUAGGUCUACUAAAGGAAAAUGCUCUAGACAACAGUGGGAAAAAGAGUGUCGUUGUUGCUAUUCUAGGAUUACUGUGGUUCCCUGGGAAUCAUAAGAAAGUUCUUGAAUGUCGAACAGUGAAGAUUUUAGUCGAUCUUUUGAAUUUAGAGAAUUCAUUGGAUUUCAUUACUGAAGCAUUAGCUGUGUUAGCAAUUUUAGCUGAAAAACAAGAAGGGUCGUCAGAGAUAUUACGAACGUCUUCGGCUUUAUAUGCACUGGUGGCUACUUUGGAAUCCUCAUCUAUAUCUGCACCAGCAAAAGAAUACUGUGUUUCGAUUCUUCUUUGUUUGUGUAUAAAUGGUGGAAAAGAAGUGGUUGCGGUUUUACGAAAACCUACUUCGCUCAUGUGUUCGUUAUACAAUCUUCUUACACAAGGUACAUCUCGUGCUUGUAAGAAAUCUAGUUCGCUUCUUAAAAUUCUUCACGAAUUUAAUGAUUCAGGUUCUUCAUCAAAUCGUUCAGGGAGACCAGAGUUCCGUCAGGAUCGUCACUUUGUUCAUGCACAAUAGAUUAGAUAUACCGUCGCCGAUUCAGAAUUUUUUUAGUUUUUGUUUCGGCGAAUCAAUUAUUAUCAGUUGUUAUAUACUGUAUAUGUAUAUGUACAUGUAAUCUAAUACACACAGUUUUGGAUGUGUUUGGGUUUUGCCUUUUAUCUUUCUUACAGCAUUCUAGUUGAGAUUUUGUUUAUUAAGAGCUAAUCAGUAUUAUUGGAAUAGCUUCCAAUUAUGAAGCUUAGCUGAUUUGUUAAUAACUUAAUAUUACUUAAUCCAUUUGUUACAAUUAUAUGUUGGAGUCUAUGAAUAAUACAGAAAUUCUUAUAAA